AUGCCCUCGUCACCAACAAUAGACCACGCAUUCUACCCACACCUCAUCGACCUCGUUCUUGACCAUCUCUCAGACUCGGAACCCACCCUCCUGGUAUUACGCACGCUAUGCCGGUCGUUCAAGGACAAGGCCGACAGCAUGUUGGCGCGACACGUCGUCGUCUCGUCCAACCCGGACCGCACGCUGCGGUUGGCGACACGCGCCGGCGGGCGGAUACCGUGCACGAUGCUGUGCGUGUACGACGGCAAGUACGGGGACGACCGGGACGACAUGAGCGCGGCGGAGAGGGCGGCGUAUGCGCGGUUCGGCGCACUGUUCUCCUGCGCACACGUCGUGGACAUUGUCGGGUGGUGUCGCCUCCCGCGGUCGUUGCAGUGGACGUACAGGCCACAGCGGGCGGGCCAGGUCGUUCGCCAGCUGCCCACGCCGCACAGCCGCUUGGCCUCGCUGGGCGGGAAGCGGGAUACAUUCUCCAUCCCGAUCUACGGCGACCUGGUAGGCCCGACGAUCGUGUGGACCGUCGACCUUGUGCAGCAGUAUCGCCGCGCCUGGAGUGGCGUCGUACACCGGGCGACGGGCAAAGUCGUGCUCAACAUGGUAUUCCGCGCUGGGGUCGCAGCGGGCACGCCCAUGGCCAUCACUUGGCCCAAAUCCAAGGUCCUGACACCCCUCGACGUCGUCGUCAUCUUCACGGACACAAAGAACGAGACAGGCGCUCCGGAACACCCCACUCGCGACCACGUUGUGGCUCCCAAACGCGGUGGGAUUCUGCACUUUCUCAGUCGCCUCGACCCGCCCUUUGACCUCACGCUCGUCGACUUGGGCGCCAUCCACCCUUGCAGCCUCGGACUCGCGCCGGAGGGGGGAGCAGCCGUGGCCACCGCCGCCGCGGCUGCCGACAACACGCUCGCCGCCCUCCGCGAGUGGAUGGCCGAGUGCAUCACCAAGCGCAAUGGCGCUGACGGGAGCAGGCGACGGAGAGGGAGGGAGCCUUGGAGUGUGUGUGCUGUGUCAAGGGACGAGUAUCGGGAGCAAGUGGGCGAGGAACAGUAUGCGCUUGAGACGGAGCAGCACACAGUGUGGGUAGGCCCACGGGGCACACCCACAACAUGA